AUGGGAACUUCAGCUCCAAGCACCUUACCACGUGGCGGAUCUUUGUUGCGCGCAUUCUCACCGUCUGCUCCGCCUGUACCUGCUGAUCGUGUAAAAACUAUACCAACCGCGGGCCUUUCCGGGGAUGGAUACGUGUCAUCUCCAGAGCGCAAUGCUCCUCGUGCGCCAUAUGAAGACCCUUAUUACACCCAGUACUUGGGCCCGGCCGCUGGAAGAGCGACUAUUGCCCCUAUCAUAGAUGAGGAAACCAGCGAUACUGUAAUCGUCGAUGAUUCAUAUCAGUUGUAUGGCGUCAAUGCCAUCACAACAGCCCCACGUCCAAUGCCUCGUCCUCCGUUCGACGCCAGACUCACUACGCAAGUAGAUGAUAUGCAGCGUCUACGUGUGGAGAAAAUGGAGCGUCAACUUGCUAAUCUCACGGGCUUAGUACAGAAAGCUCUACAGGUGCCCGGGACAUCGACACCUGCUGCGGCCCCGCGCCAGGAGUUCCAAACGUACCAGCCUCGACCAGCUAACCAGGAUCCGGUGAGAUUUACCAGCGACGAGAGACCUCCCAAAUUAGGGAGAGACAGAUUUCAAAAAUCUGUGUCAUUUGAAAAAUCGGUAUCAUUUAGCGAUGAUCCACCAGAUAUGAACUCUCCUAAACAACAUUCGCCUCAACAUUCAGCUGAUACAAAACCAGCUAAACCGGCAAUCAAAUCAUCCACUUUGCCGAGGACUUCUUCACAAGAACGAGAUCGUUUAAAACCGGCUCCUCCACCGAAGCCUGCUGGUUUAGUUGGACAACAAUUAGCAUUACCUCAGCAAAGGACACUUAAUGUUGGUCCCGACUUCUUCAAUCAACUGCGUUUGCUUCAAAAGGAAAGCCGUGACUUAAGGAUUGAGACACGAAAUUUACGUCGUUCAACCUUGUCACAGUCUAUUCAAAUGAGACAGUUAAUGGCCGAAACUAUUGUAAAGAUAGGUGCUAUCGCUGCUAGCUGCUGCGAACAUGACCCUGAUUCGCAACUUACUAGAGAGGAAGAGAUUUAUAGGCAAGAUAUGUUGCUUCUUGAAAAUGAUUUGUAUGAAUUAGAGGCUACGGUGGAGAGACUUCGGGGCCAAGCGGCCAACAGGGAAACCCGUGUCAACAUGGCCGAUAUUGAGCGUAUUGCUAUGGUUCUCUCUAAGAGCAGCAAAACGGUUGCCGAUUGGAAACUUAAAUUUCCGAUUCUUCAGGAUACAAUGAAAGUUAAACUUGCUUCAGACAUGGAGAAGGUUGUUCGAAAAGAAAAGAUGCUCGAAGAUGAACCAGAGCGACUUGAACUUGCCCUGCGUCGCUGCAAAAAGUUAACUGGAACUUUGGUGACUCUUAAAAGAUUGGCGUGCGUUCAAGAACAGCGUCUCCCUAUCACGGAUGGUCGUAUUUCUCCUGUCUCCUCGCAAAGUUCCUCUUUCACGGCUGGCCCAUCAUCUGAAGAGUAUCCCCCAGAAAAUACUUGCCAACUGGCUACUUCACACAAUAAGGGCACCGGCGGCGUCGUCCCCGUGCGAAACGUUGCGGGGAGAGGAACAACGGACGUCCGGCCGGAGAACGCCCUCGAUGCAUUAUUAGACGAACUCCAGACUUUCGCUAAACCAGCGGACCGUAGCGGGAGAGGCGAGGGGCCCUUGCGUCGACUUCAUUCGUAUCCAAGUGGCAGCGACACAGAUGCGUCGCCACCAGUUCGUGCUCGCGGUCAACAUCCUCCGAAGCCCCCAGUGCCCGAGAGACACCCCGAGCUUCUGGCGUUGGCCGCGCGCCGUGCUCCUCCCCCGCCACCACCAAGAACAACAUCUAGGUCACCACUCGCUUCUCCAACUUCACCCUCAUCUCCUCCACGCACUGAUUCCGAUUCCUGUCGCUCCAAUCCCGACCCCAACCAUGAGGAAAAAGGCAACUCGCGUCAGGCGAUUCUUGAACAAAGACAUCAAGAAUUGUUAAAAAAACAAAAGGCGCUUCAGGAGCAGUACGCGCGCUUACAAAUGAUUCAUAGAAGCGGAACUGCGCUGCCCUCAAACGCCCAACUAGACCUGAAAAAGACUGGCAGUGAAUCGAACUUGCUUACUAAAAUGAACUUAAAUCUAGCUCCAGCAAAUAUAUCUGGUAGCAUGACUCAUUUAUCUGCCGAUUGCGAAAGAAAAAAUUAUCCAGAUGGUACUACGUCUGAAGUCAUUAACUCGCAGUUGCUCAAGACGCCUGACGCGAUGGCCACCACAAACAAAGUUUACGAGACGGACAUACUGUGA